GUCUUGGUAUAAGAAGAUCUCUCUGCUUUUCAGUCUCACACACAGACCCACCAUCAUAGUGCUUUCUCUCCUCCAUGCACUAUUUCUCCAUUUUCAGUGCUAUGCAAGAGCGCAUUGGCAGCAAUUGAGGUACAACAGGCUGCUGCAUUUCCUCUUCCCUCUGCAUCCCAGCCUCCUCUAUCAUCUAUUUUCCUGCUCACGCUUGGAGGAUGGCGAUGGUCUGGGUGAACUCUAAGAAGGGGGUUGUGCGAGAGCUGCUGCGUAGACUGAGCUAUGUCAGUCAUAACAUUGGUAAGAAAUGAGAUUAUGCAAAAGGAGACGAGUCCAAUCUGUGCUGCUGACAUCAUCACUGAGCUGAAGAAGAAGUUUGCUAUCCUGUCUGGUGGCAGAGGGCAGGAUGGUAGUCCUAUCAUCAUCUUCCCAGAAUUUCCAUCAUUUGGUGAGAUCAGUGAUCAAGAGUUUCACAAUGUUCUCACCUAUCUGACAAGCGUUCCCAGCUUAAGUGCAGCAGGAGUUGGCUUCAUCUUAGUGAUUGACAGGCGCCAGGAUCGCUGGGCAUGUGUGAAAGGAACAUUAAUCCGUAUCUCAAGCGGCUUUCCAGGAAACCUACGGCUGGUUCUGGUGCUACGGCCCCAUACACUCCUGCAGCGCACUCUUUCAGACAUUUUCUUCAAGUACCAUGGUGAUGAUUUCAAGAUGAAAGUACCGGUUAUCAUGCUGAGUACACUGGAUGAGCUACAUUCGUAUAUAGAGCAAAGCCAACUGACCCAAGAACUCGGUGGUACUCAGCAAUAUUGCCAUAACACCUGGAUUUCCCACCGCACAGGCAUAGAAGGCUUUGCUUUCCUAGUCAAGCGGAUGACACAAAGACUGCAGGUUUUAGGCAGGGAACUGGCGGAGACUGACCUCCCCAACACCCCUCAAGCUACCAGCAAUCUGCUCAACACACACAGCAGCAAGAAACAAAGCAUUAAGGAGGAGCUAGCAGGAGCGCUGGGACAAGGGCGAAUCAUCUUGAGGAACAUCCGUGAACCGGUGCACAGGGACCCAGACAGCACUCUGAAUCCAGACCAGCUGGAGAACUUGGCCACUGUGCAUCGAUUACUGUCGCAGUUAAAUGAGAGCUCAGCAGCGUUCGAUGAUUUCUGGAUACAGCAUCAGAAUAAGCUGGAAUUGUGCUUGCAACUCUGCCAGUUUGAGCACAACUUUCAGCAGGUAUCAACAGAAAUGAAGCUCAUGAAUGAGAGAAUGGCUGCUCUCUCACAUAUAGGAAUCAGCCAAACCCAUGCAGAACAUCUCCUCAGAGAACUGAGCGACCAGGAAAAUAGAUCACUUGAACUUUUGGACAGGAUAGAAGCCUUGGUUAACGAAGGCACACGUUUCAUCGAUAGCUGCGAAAAUGGGGACGAAAAUGUCAUGAUGAAAUGCACCGAGCUGAAAAAUGCCAGAGAGAAACUUUUACAGAAGCUCAAAGCCAAGAGAAGUAUGUUGCUCCAGGCCAUAGAUCUCCAUCAGAAACUGCAGAGUGUGUGUAAUUGGCAUGAUGAUGGUAUUUACAUGCUGGCAUCUCAGCAGCUUGAUAAGUGUCAGUCACAGGAGGGGGCCGAGUCUGCACUGCAAGAGCUGGAGGGCUACAUGGAAACGGCCGUUGAGCUGCAGCAGUGGGAUGUGUGUGUGUUCUGCAAAGAGUACGAAAGCGUGUUAAAUAAAGAAUUGAAGGAACAAAUAGAGCAAGUUUUUGGAAAGAGAGCUUCGCUACAGGAGAUGUUUGAGAAAAGGAGGGUCAGUCUGAAGAAGCUAGCUGCCAAACAGACACGCCCGGUCCAGCCUGUAGCCCCAACACCUGAAGCCAUUAAAUCACCUCCAUCCUCACCAACUCUUAGAGGUUGUGGAAAGAGCUACGCUAGCAUUGACUCACAGAGUCACUAUAAUGAAGUGUCUUCUGAGCAAAAUAACGAAGGCAGCCGUACUGCCUCGCUGUCAGACGAGGAGGAAAACCUGGCUGUACUCCGCAGGCAUGUAAUGAACGAGCUCCUGGAAACAGAAAGAGCGUAUGUAGAAGAACUUCUGUGUGUUCUGCAGGGCUAUGCAGCUGAAAUGGACAAUCCGGCCAUGGCUUCCAUCAUCCCCGCUGCCCUGCAGAACAAACAGAACGUGCUGUUCGGAAACAUGCAGGAGAUCUAUUUCUUUCACAAAACGACAUUUUUGAGAGAGUUGGAGACUUACACAGAUCACCCUGAGCUUGUAGGACGCUGUUUUCUGGAAAGGAUGGGAGACCUGCAGAUUUAUGAGAAAUACUGCCAGAAUAAACCUCGAUCUGAGAGCCUGUGGAGACAGUGCUCAGACUGUGCAUUCUUUCAGGAAUGUCAGAAGAAACUGGAACACAAACUGGGGUUGGACUCAUACCUGCUCAAGCCUGUUCAGAGAAUUACUAAAUACCAACUUCUACUGAAGGAGCUUAUUAAGUACAGUAAAGGCUGUGAGGGUGUAGUGGAGUUGCAGGCAGCGCUCUCCUCUUUACUAGGCAUUCUAAAGGCCGUCAAUGAUUCAAUGCACCUCAUUGCAAUUAACGGAUAUGAGGGUAACCUUGGUGAUCUGGGCAGGCUACUUAUGCAGGGUUCAUUCAGUGUGUGGGCGGAACAUAAGCGUGGCCAUGUGAAGAUGAUGGAGCUGGCACGUUUUAAACCCAUGCAGAGACACCUGUUCCUCCACGAGAAAGCUCUGCUCUUCUGUAAGAAGCGUGAAGAAAAUGGCGAAGGAUAUGAAAAGGCGCCAUCCUACAGCUUCAAACAGGAACUGAGUAUGCGUGCCAUUGGAAUCACUGAACAUGCCAAAGGAGAUAAUAAAAAGUUUGAGAUCUGGUUGAACUCCAGAGACGAGGUGUACACUGUGCAGGCAGCAUCUGAAGAUAUUAAGACAACCUGGGUGAAAGAAAUCCGGAAACUUUUAACAGGACAGCUGGAGGCCUGCAGGGAAGCUUUCCAGCAGAAGACUACCAGCCAGUUAACUGCAGAGGACAAUUCACUUGAAAGACCAGGGAGAGAUGGCCUGAGUAAUACAAAUGGAGAUGUGAAAAAACAGAGGGUAGAAGAAGAACAAGACAAUGAACCGAGCAGCCUCGGGGACAAAAAAACAGAUAGAGCAACAAGAUCAUGCUCCAGCUUCGACACCAAACCCAGACGACAAGAUGUCAAAAGUGACCCAACACCCUUAGAAACAGGGUCACACCCCCAUUUAAGUGGAGUCAGGUGGUUAAGUACAUCGAACCUGUUUCAGAAUCGUAGGAAAGGAUGGAUUAAAAGCUCUGUUUCCUUGGAUCCCUCUGUGGUGCAUUAUGAUUAUUUCAACCCUGAAGACCAGGUGACCUCUGAGUCAGAGGAACAAGAAAAAAACUUGACUGCAAAUGUGUGAGUGAUGCGGAUGAAGAAACCAAAGCCACAGAAUCAUAGGAAGGACACACACACAUUAAAAGCAUAUAAUUCCAUUCCAAGAAUCUCGUCCUGGAGAAAUUGUGAUCAAAUCACCUGCUGUUCUUCACGUUUUUCUCGUUCAUACAAUACAGCACAAAAUACAAACACUUCCGUCUGUUAAAGCGUUUCCUAGCCCUUUAAAGAAAAGUAAACCUCCAGUAUACAGGUGUUUAUGAAGCCCUUCACGUUAAGCACAUCUCGGCUUUGUUUUACCAUGAGUCCGGCCUUAACUUCCGUGUAUAAUUAGCAUAUCAUAUAUGCAAAUAUUGUUUAAUGGCUGUGCCUGUACUUUCCCUUAUGAAAAGUCUGUAUGGUCUGUUUAUUGUCUUAUAAUACUUUGUGUACAUGUACAGUAUAUAUCAAAUAAGGUGAAUAUUCAGCAAAGUUUAAACUACAUGUGGUAUUCUGUAUGAAUAUGUAUGCGACAAAUAAAAUUGUAUUUGUUUCGAA